GCAAGCCACAGAGAGAAACAACGCAAGUUAUCGUCUGCUCAACCAGUCAGCUACUACCAAAACAUUGCAGUUCAUCGGGAAAAUAUUUUGUGUGAGAGCUGGUACAGCGAACUUAAUUCUAGGCUUUAUUUUACAAUUUGGAAACAGACAAACUUUGCCAAAAUGCGUCGGCAACGUUCUAUGAUGGUUUUGAAUGAAGUUGUCCGGAAUAAACUCGUUGUUGUCGGGGACACAGGCUGUGGAAAGUCUGCGUUGCUCAACACAUUUCUGGGUCACAAGUUCACAGACAUCUACUCUCCAACCACCUUUGAGAGUUACUCGUCAACAAUGGAAAUAAACAAAUAUAGAAUAGAUCUGACUAUCUGGGACACAUCAGGUAAACCUGAAUACGACAGCGUUCGACCGCUCUCAUACCAAGAGAUUACAACAACUCUGAUAUGUUAUGAUAUCAGCCAGCCUCACACACUACAGAGUGUCCUUAACAAGUGGUACACAGAGGUACGUAAGCAUUGUCCAAACUGUCCUAUCAUCCUCGUUGGUUGCAAGAUGGAUCUAAGGAGUAACAUUCAGGUCAUGGCUGAACUAUCAAAAGACAGAAGAAUUCCAGUUUCUCAUGACAAGGGAGCCAAAGCAGCAACACAGAUUGGCGCAGCGGCCUACGUAGAAUGCUCUGCCCGCACAAGUCCAACAACAGUCCAGGAAGUCUUUGAGAUGGCCUCCCUAGCCACCAUGGGGAAAUUGAAACUACAAAAGUCCUACAUUGACCUCCCGUCGGCAUGCAAAGGAGGCACCUUCCCCAUCAACACAUCCUCACUAAGACGUCUCAGCAUCCGUAAGAAGAGUGAGCCAAAGAUCCCUCCUCCAGUACGGGUGAAGGCUGUGGUAGUCGAGAGAGAGUCAAGAGGAUGCGUUGUCAUGUAAACAAACUGUUCGAGCCACCUUCUAAAUAUCAACUCAGUCAUCAGCCAUAUAGACGAUGACAUCAUGCUCGGAUGAGUCACAGACUUUUAAGUGAGUCCAUCACAGAUCUCUGCCAUGGAACAGCCACAAACGAGUUGGGUUUUUAAUCCACUAUUUAUUGUGAUUCAUAGGACAUACAAGAGAGGCUUUUGGAUGUCUAUGGGUUUUUUUAAUGGAAUAAAAACACCUCAGCAGAGGUUGGUGUCAACAAUCACAGCACUACGUGCAUCCGAGAAAUGUGAUUGACUGAACUUUUAUUUAUACAAUUGUGGAAACUUCUUUGACCUAUGACCUGCCUAAGUUAUCCAGAAUAAGUGUAGAACAAUAAUGAUGGAAUGAGUGCAUUGAGCCAGUUGCCAUGUUACCAUAGGAACCAGACGUUGCUUUGAACAUACUCUACAGCAGACAGUUGCUAUGGGAACCUGCUCAACAAAGCCAUUUUUACCAUGGCAAUGUGAUAUCAUCCAUGGGCACUCAACCUCAUUUAUAAAUGAGUUGAAUAUAUAAAGCUGCUUAUCAAGGCCUAUGUAAGACAAAAUGUAUCUGGUCUCCUGUUUAAAGCUGUUUAAUAUGCUAUAAAGACUUUUAAAUACAGGAAGAAAAAAAAACAGGAUGUGUUUCCUGUGGUAAACAAUAAGUGACGCACUUACAUGAUGUACAUCUCAGCAUUUAGUGGUAUAUACUACAAACAAAAUCCACACAUUAUUGCAGCCUGCGAUUAAUUUAUAUUCAGUAGAUGUGUAACGGUGCUAAUACAUGUACAUUUAAACUAAGAAAGUUGAGGGACAGAAUAAAAAAUACAUGGUACACGUACAUUGGUUGGGCCAUCCUGCUACAUGUACACUGUACUUGUAUAGCAAUCCUUUUAUACACAGGGAUAAGUUGUACAUGUUAAUAUAGUGAUGUUGGUUUUGUUAGCGAAGUCACAUAUUCAACCCACAAGGAAUUGGAAAAGAAAUCUUUAUCAAACAAACAUCUCUGGAUCAAAACAAAAUUGGUCCCAGUAAAUGUAGCUCCCUCUACUGGCAGGAGUGAUGAAGAAAGAAAAAACAGCAUCGCCAAAUAAAGACUAGCAGUUAGCUCGGUGGACAAUUAUUAUAGUGACAAUCAAUUUUUUUUAAAUUCUGUUGUUUUAAGAGAAGCUAGGGGGAUAGGCUCUCAUUCCAAAUCUUGAAAGUUAAUUUUUAACGCUCUACACUGGUUAAAUCUCUGGUGUUUUCGAUUGAUGUCGCCUACUGUCUAAAAUGUUUAGUCUGUACAGUACAAAUCUUGCCAUGCUCCUUACAAUAGAAAUCAUCAUUUUUACCUUACUAAACCUUGAGGUAGAACCAUUCAAAUACUACCAAUCUAACCACUGAUUUCACAAUGACUAGAAUAAAUAUUGUCGUCUUAUUUCUGAAUCAUAAUUUGUUGAUUUGUGCAAUUCAUAAUCACAGGCGUUAAACCAAUGUUGCCAGCAUUGCAUUUAUAUCCACUUUGUGGGAGUUUGCCCAGUUCCCUCGACUAGAAGAUCUUCUAAACAAACAAACAAACAAUAGGAUGGUAUGAUACCUCACUUGGCAACUUGCCUUUUGGGUUACUAAAACUGCGAAACCGUAAUUGUUAAAAACACUCAUUAAAUGAGAUCAAUACACUUUCAAAAUGGGCUAAUGUAGUUUUUGAUCAUGUGAAUGUAACUUAAUUUGAUACUUAUAACUGGUUGUAAUUGCUACCUUCACAUUCAUGACAAUACAUGUUUAAAAUCUGGGCUUUUCAAAAAAAAAGUUUUUUAACACUAAAAACUUCCCUAAAUUUCCUAUCUUUUAAAAGUCUGCAGAGAUAAUCUCAAUAACAGAGUAACAAAUUUCAAAGAAGACAAACACUGAAAUGUUUAAAAUAUUGUGCAAUAUAGCAGAUGGUUGUGUUUUUCAGAGUCCCUGGAUGAAAAGUUCAGGGCUGAUUUCAACUAUUUCACAAUUCAAGGACUUGGCCAAUACUCACCAGCACAGAAUCUGAUUAUAAUCUAUAAUCCAAACUUCCUGUUGAUUGUCUUUAUCCGAAUGAAUAAUUUAUAGCUGAGAACACAAGUGUACACAAGGCCUGGAAUUACACGAAGGCUGAGGCCUCUGUUUCCCCACGUGUUGGCCUUGGUGCCCCUUCGAAUGUUUUCCAUUGACUUUGCAAAAUGAAAGUGGCCUUGCCCUUUGAAAGUUUGGGUACUGAUCUCAGAAAAACUUGAUUGGUAUCUCAAAAUUCACAAUCAUUGCCAUCAAAUCAAUAAAUCAUUAAAUCCUUUACCAAGGUUUCUGUUUUCAAACAGGGUUUUUUCCCAGAAAUAAAUGAAGAGCGAAAACUCAUUUUAAAAUGAUGAUUUAAACAAUUUUUACAAUUUAGAAAAAGGUUUUGUCAAAUUCAGCUCAGUUUGCUGCAAUGUAGAAAAUGCAUGAGAUUGAGAUUAUUAAAAAUGAAUGGGAUCUGGGCCCCUGUGCAUGUAAAAUACUGAGUGAGUUUUGCAUAAUUGACAAAUUUGGGUAUAAAAACGAUACCUUGACAUUGAUUGUGAUUCACUGUAAAUGGUUUUUUGUGACUUAAAAGUUUAUUUAGUAUAUUAUUUCAGUGUAAACAAAAAGAAAAAACAAAUGCUCACAUGAUGUUGUUCUCAGUGCAACAAAGUUGGAUAGACCGUGUAACCUGUGACAUUACAUGAUUACAAAAGAGACUGGAUUGCCUGCAGGCACAAACUGUACACAGUGAAAUCAUAGAAAAUAUUUAUUAAGAUUGCAUUGUCUGAGUUUUAUCUAUUUUUGGUGUGAAAAAAGGGGAACCUCUCAAAACU